UUUUCAGACCCUGAAAUGAGAAAGAAGUCAAACCUAUCAUUAAAUAGACCUAAAAAGGCAGUGGUGGACAUACGCAUGUUAGUUGUGGAAAGCGAUUAUAGUUUCCAGUAUAGAUGCAAAAACAUGGCUGUAUUCUUUUUGUCAUGGAGUUACUUUCAAUGUUAGAGCAUUUUUGCAGUAUGGUUGGGGAAAUAUUUUUCUCUGAGCUGACCAUAAAUGAUAUGGAAGGACAGGGAACAGUUUCUUGUCAAGAGUUUGGCCAAUUCAUCGGAAAUACAGUAGUACAAGUUCAGAUACGAUUAGAUCCAGAAAGGAUAUGUUCUUAUCCUACUAAGAGGGCUACAGUCUACAAUUUGGUUAACGAUACUGACUCUGUAGAUCAGAUCGAAAGCAUUCAAGACAGAAACAAUUUGCAUGAAAUGCCAACAGAAAUUACAUUCAGAGAUCAUCAUUUUGAUACACAACUUCGGAAACGCGUUUGUGGAAAGAGUAAGGAGGGAACAGUUCUGAGAGCGAAAUUCGUUACAGAAGGGAUCUCUGGGUGUUCGCUGGGAAAAAGCACGUUGUGAUAAACCAAAAAUCUUACCGACUGUCAAAAUGGGAUUAUUGUAAUUUCAUGUUGCAUGUAUAAAAUUGCACAAAUUCAUCUAUUGUAAAAUAUGAGUCUAUAACAAAUUGCUACAAACUUUAUUGUAGAAUAUCAUUGAAAAUUUCAAACAGAACAAGUAAAAUUUGUAUGUAAAUACUGUAGUUUCCUUAUUUUACGCGAGUACUUAAUUCCGCGAUUCUACGGUUUAGCAUCAAAUCGCGAGUAUGUAAAAUCGCGAAUGCCGAAUUUUUUCAUAUUCCAAAUAGUUUACAUUUGUACAAACAUAGGUAAUCACAGAUUACAAAGCUCACCGAGAUGAGACAUCACCCUUAUGAGACUUCACCUUUAUGAGACCACCUUUAUCAUAUUAAAUGAAAAUCAUACUUUAUGAUCUUGGAUAUUCAUGGAUUCUGUUUUGACACAAUAACGUAUAUCAUCUGUUAAAAAAUUGUAUGAUAACCAUAGGUUCAUACGUUAAUCAAUACAAUAAUAUAAAAUUAAAUAUUGCAUCCUAUCAUAUUUACACCAUAUAUCAUAUAAUACAA